AUGGAUACUGCUGAAGACCCAUCGAGAGUAUUGCCUUCUGCCCGUUCACUCAUGCUCCACGUGCAAGACCACCCUUCUUCAACUCAACACGAAACAACUGAUAAAAUGCAGAUCGAUACUGAAGAUGCCUUAAAGCCGCGAUUAGGCCAUGGUCAACCUUGUUCUCCCAUUCCACAUGGUCAUGCUUCCGAUGAAUACCUACGCAAUCGCAUGUCGGAUAUGACAGUAUCGCCAACGAGCAUCACUCCUCAGUCGCAAGGCACCAUGAUGGAUAUGCAUGAAUCAAGUCGAGGCACCUUGUCACCGCUUGAGCCUAUAUCACAGCAACAGCAGCAGCAACAAGCAGCACCUUAUGGAAGGCGAGAAUCCAUCACUGAUCCACUCAUGUUUCGCCGGCCAUCCAUCACUGAUCUAAACAACUUGCCAUUACCUUCAGCAUCAUCCAGUCGUCGAGGUUCCAUGGCUACCAGCACUGACUAUGAUUAUUCUUCACGUUCACCUUCUCCAUCACCCUUCAAACCUUCAUCUUCAUCCGAUUAUGGUCGCCCUGAUGCUUAUGAUCCUUUUCAACGACGACAUUCUAUUGCCACUGCUGAAAUCCCACAUGGCAGUACAACUCGUUUGGCAUCUUCAAAAUAUCGAGCAUUUCGUUUCCCAGCAACGAUCCCUGAAGCACCUGGACAUUACUCGGCACCUUCAAGCCCACCUCAUGACCAACCUGUUGCAGCCAACGCGAAUAAUACCAAUGCCAUAUCAGCUGGUGGUGGAUCAUCAGUAGCACGAUCAAACAUGCAUCAUCAUCAUCAACCCUAUCGACCUGCUUUACAUCACACGCAUCGUCGCCGUUCAUUGUUGACUGACGAAGGUCCUGUAUUAGCACGACGUGCUUCAAUGCCUGUGGUAGGCUAUGUUGAACCACCUCCACCACCAACAUCUUCUCAAGACAAGCCAAUGCGCAAAUCAGAAACCCCGUAUUCACGUAGCCCUGAAUUACGUGUGAGUCACAAGCUUGCAGAACGUAAAAGACGAAAGGAAAUGAAGGAGCUAUUCGACGAGUUACGAGAUUCUCUCCCGGUUGAAAAGAACCUCAAGACUAGCAAAUGGGAAAUCCUUAGCAAAGCUGUCGAAUACAUUUCCUUGCUCAAGCGUCGUGAUUUCGAUAUGGAAAGUGAAACCAAUGCCUUGAGAAGAGAAGUCAACAUGUUGAGACGCGAACGAGGAAUUGGCAAUGCUGGCUAUGGUCAUUCAACUUCUCUACCCUACUAG